AACAUAUCUCAUUAAGAUAGCAAUAUAUACAUGAUUACUAGAAAAUGAUGUUGAACUAUUUCUGCAAAAACUUUCUGGUUCAGCUCGUUUUGAGCUUCUUGAAUGGCCAAGACAAUCUUUGUGUGUUGGCCCUUCCUACGGAUGGAUUCACAAGGGUGAACUUGUCGCCGAGCAACUUUCAGUUGCAUAAGCCAUGGGACCAGCCUACCGGGAAUCGCUACAGUCUUGUCGAUGAAGGCUCUGUGGAGAAGUUCUGGGUCUACCGGACUGACCAGCCCUUCAAACAAGGCAGUCCGACCAAGCCGCGCACCGAAAUGCGCAUUUCGGGACAUGACUAUACAUCUGGAGUGUGGCAAUUCGAAGGCAACUUUUACGUGCCUAGCGGGACCACCGGUGCAUGUAUAAUGCAGGUGUUCGGUGCAGCCAGUCAAGCCACAACUCUGCAAUUAAGAGUGUAUGAUGGUAACCUGAGAGUUUACCAGAGCCAAGGGGUGGCUUCUAACAUCUACGACAAGUGGUUCAAACUGAAUGUGAUCCAUGACGUUGGUAAUUCUAGAGUUACAAUCUUCAUCAACAAUGUGCAAAAGGUUGUCGUUGGAGGCCGAGGCCCGUCUACCUUUUACUUCAAGUAUGGAGUUUAUGCUCAGGAUGGUUCUAGUAACUACAUGGAGUCAAGGUGGCGUGGAAUCAGAGUCUUCAGAAGAUAAUUAUAAGGGUCUUUGAUCCUAUUUUAGAAUAAUAUUAUUUUUUGUUUGUAAUAAAGUGUGUGGGUAUAUAUACGUAUACAUAUAUAUAUAUAUAUAUGUACUAUCAUGACUAGGGUAAGACCCUAGAUAUAGGAGCAUGGACAUGCAGAAGUUAAAACUUAAAACACAACUAUUGCUGCUUGAUGGAGACAUGAGAAAGCUGUUUGUGUCAUUACUAUGUAUUAUUUUCUGCUAGUUAAACCUUGUUUGUUUGUUGCCUAUCUAUCAGUUUCUUUUAGCUUAAAGUAGAAGAAAGGAUUAGAAAUCUAAACGUGAUAUAACAAGCUAUUUUUCAUUA